CGCGGUCAGAUGUGAAAUUAAUCCCUAACAAAAACAAUGGACACAAAAACGGUUAUUGAACUUUUAUGUAAACAUUUAACAUGUUUAACCGAAAUUUCCAUGGAACCAGAUUAUUUUCGAUUGGCAAAAUAUAAUAAAAGUUCACCGGAAGCUAUUGAAGCAUUUUGGUCAGUUCUGUACAUUCUCAGCACUUGUUCAAUUUUAGAAGAGAAUAAAUUUAUUUCUUUUAAAAACUACGAUAAAAUUACAAGUACAAAGUUAAAUUUCGCCUUUCUACAAUACAAAACUGUGGAAUUUUAUUUAAUACCAGAAAAUGAUGUUUACAACAGUCGGGAAUUACUCUUAGCACUUGGAUGGCUAUUGGCGUCAAAUAAUGUUAUCGAAAAGAAAUUAAAGUCGAAUCUCGUUAAUUGUUCCCUAGGACAAGAAUGUUCUUCAUCAGAAAUACUUUCCCAAGCAUUAAAAGAGGAAAUAGAUUGUUCCACACUCGAGAAUGAAAUGAAACAAAUUGUUCACGUUUGUUCAAAAUUAAAUCACAAUUUAAAGGAAAUCAGUGAAUUAUUAGGGGAAAAAGUAAAGCUAACGACAAAAGUUCAUGCUGCCAGUAUAAAUACAAGUGGUUUAACUCAUCUUUCCGUUUUUGAAAUGGCACUAAUUAAGAGACUUACUUUGGAUAAUAAAAGUCCACAAGAUCAUGAGUUAAUAAAAAAUUUACAAAAUAUUUCAAAAAUGAUUGAUUUUCAUUUGAAAUGGACAAAACGACAGCAUAUUUUUUAUGACUGGAUGACAACCGUAAUUGAUGAAUCAAUGUCAUCGCAAAAAUCAAUUUACACCGAAGAAUUUCGACAGGAAUUAAUGAAAUUUAUCAUAAUUCUUCGACAAUUGGUAAAAAGGAAAAUGCACAAUUUUGAAAAUGAUGAAAUUUCAAAUUUUAGUUUAACACCAAAUUGUACAUCGCGCUUGUUACGAAUUCAAAAUUCAGAAACUGAGACCGAAACGUGGUUGAAACAAAUUAAUGACGAUUUAAUAGAAACAGAAAAAGAAGUUGAAAUAAACGAAAAAAAUUUACUCAAAGAGUUAAAAUUGAUGUUGAAAUUAAUUCAAAAUUGUAUUCGAGUUUGA